GACGUCGAUCAUGGGAUCGGACAUUGGAGGGGAAUCGGACAUUGGAGGGGAGCCCCAAUCAACACGAGAAAGAAAGGAAACAUAUCACCUCCUGAUGCAUCAACCUGCAAUGCAGUGACUGCACUGCACACCUCGCAGGCAGGCUGUCGCUACACUCUCUCGCUAGAUUCGAGGAUCACAUACGGACACGCUCGCUCCCUCCACCUCUCUCUCCACGCGCACCUGCAAAAUCUCUCACGAGACCUCCAGGAAAUUUUGAGGGGGAAGAAGCAGCCAAACCAAGCCAUGGAGCAGCCACAUUUCCAUCCCCUCGCAACGCUCCACGCCCACGCGGUCGCCAUCGCCGCCGUCGCGCUGCUGCUGCUGUCCUCCCCCGCCCCGACCACCCAGUUCGGCCUCGGCGCCACAUUCGGCGUCUGGAUCAACGGCGCCGCACCACCUCCUCCCAGCCCCGACUCCCUGGGCCACUCUUCGACACAGAUCCAGGGCGGCGGGGGCCAGGAAUACACGGCGCUGCAAGCCCUGAAGUCGGCCAUCACCGAGGACCCCCGCGGCGCGCUCUCGUCAUGGCAGGGCCCCAACGUGUGCGCCUACAAGGGCGUCUACUGCUCCGCUCCACCCGCUGCCAGCGCCGCCACGCCGCCGGCCGGUGCCGUGGUCGCCGGGAUCGACCUCAACCACGCCGGCCUCAAGGGCACGCUCCCGGCCGCCGUCUCCCUCCUGGCCCACCUCACGUUCCUCCACCUCAACAGCAACGCGCUCUCCGGCGCUGUCCCGGACACGCUCAGGGACCUGCAGUACCUCACGGAGCUCGACCUCAGCAACAACCUCUUCUCCGGCCCCUUCCCGGCAUCCACUCUACUGAUCCCCUCCUUGGUCUACCUCGACCUGCGGUUCAACGGCUUCUCGGGAGAGAUCCCGGACGAGGUGUUCGUCAAGAACCUGGACGCGCUCUUCCUCAACAACAACCGGUUCGAGGGCCAGAUCCCGGAGACCCUGUGGUCGUCCCCCGCGACGGUCAUCACGCUCGCCAACAACCGCCUCACGGGCCCCGUCCCGACAUCCUACGGCUACGGCGCCGGCGCCGGCGGCGGAAGGGUCCGGGAGCUGCUGUUCCUGAACAACAAGCUGACGGGCUGCGUCCCGGAGGCGCUGGGCUUCCUGCCGUGCGUCGAGGUGCUGGACCUCAGCAACAACUCGCUGUCGGGCCACCUGCCCAGCACGCUCUCCUGCCUCUCCGGCAGCAUCGAGGUGCUCAACAUCGCGCACAACCAGCUCACGGGGGAGCUCCCGGAGCUGGUGUGCGACCUGAGGCGGAUCACGAACCUGUCCGUGUCCUUCAACUUCUUCUCCGGGAUCAGCCAGGACUGCGACCGGCUGGCGGGGCGGAGCGUGUUCGACUUCGCGGGCAACUGCGUCCCUGGUCGGGGCAUGCAGCGGCCGCAGCCCGAGUGCGAUGAGGCCCCGGGGGACGUUGGGCUCAGCUGCCUGCGGAUCCCCGGCUCGCGCCCCGUCGCCUGCGCUGAGGCAGCCGUGUCCUUCGGCAUCGGCGCCACGUUCGGCGGCGCGCUGCCCUUCGGGAUGUCCGGCGGAGCCGCUGAGGCCACGGUCACUGUGCCCUGAACCCUUAUCCAACGGAUCGACCCGUGCAUGCACUUGUUUGUUGUUUUUUCGGGGGUUAAUCUAAUUAAUUAAUUAGCCUCCUUGUUGGAUCAUCGGUUGGUAUUGGGUGGUUAAUCCAUCCUGACAUUUUGCAUGUCUGAUUAACCACUAUAUUCUAUUCUAGCGUAUAAACAAUACUGGAGUACUACUCGUAUCUAUAACUAACACCAUGAUUAUUAUGAA